AUGGCCUAUUGCAGCGUUAUCGGUUCAUCCGAGAACUUUGCCAGUUGUUUGUCCAAUUUUCAAUUGGAUGAAUUGUUGAUAUUACAAAAGUCAGUGGAACGCAUGAAUCACAUGGAUUGCCCCAAGCCCAUGGCCACCGAAGAGCUAAAAGCUCAAAGUAAUGAAUCGCCUUUACCCGAAAGAAUGGCUUUAAUGGCUGCCGAUAGAGGCGGAGAUCAUCAUGAUACAACUGGUUCUAGUGGCCCCUGGCACUCCUCCUCGCCGCCAUCCUCCUGGCCUGCCGAGCCGAAACCAUCUAAAUUGCAAACCCUAUUUCAGAUAAGCAUCACCGCUUUGGCUUUUCUCUCAUUUGGUGGCUAUUUACUUUGCCUAAUUGUUCAGGCAAUUAAAAGCAAGGGCACCACCUAUUUUCAUCCAGUGGCCACUGCCACCACAACCCUUACGAAUGGCAAUGUGAAACGCAUCAAGAUCUACAGACGGAGCAAAAGGAGCAAAAGGCCAUGA